UCUAAUGGCUGCCAUUCCUGAAACCCAUACAAAAACCCAUCUUCCCCUUCAAACCAGAACCUUCUUCUUCUUCUUCUUCUUCUUCUUCCUCAAUCCCCAAUUUCUUUAAAUUCCCAACUUUCUCUCUCUAAUUUCACUUCAAUUUCAAUUCAAAUCCUUGUUUCUCUCUCUAAAACACUCCUUCAAUGGCUUCCCCUGUUUUCCUCUUCCUCCUCUGUUUUCUCCUUCCUUCCCCUGUUUUCUCCUCACAGAUUCUGCUCUUACCUCUCUCUAAUUCCUUAUCAUCCUCAUCCGAUUUCAACAACACCCACAACCUCCUCAAAUCCACCGCCGCACGCUCUUCCGCCCGCUUCCACCACCGCCGCCGUACCCACCACCGCAGCCACCUCUCUCUGCCCCUCUCCCCCGGCGGCGAUUAUACUCUCUCCUUCAACCUCGGUUCCGAGUCUCAAAAGAUUUCCCUCUAUAUGGACACUGGAAGCGACCUUGUUUGGUUCCCCUGUUCCCCAUUUGAAUGUAUUCUCUGUGAAGGCAAACCCAAAAUUCAAUCCCCUUUGCCCAAAAUCUCAAAUCAAAAAUCAGUUUCCUGCAGCGCCGCCGCAUGCUCCGCCGCCCACGGUGGCUCCCUCUCCGCCUCCCACCUCUGUGCAAUUUCCCGAUGUCCACUUGAAUCCAUUGAAGUUUCUGAGUGCUCUUCUUUUUCUUGUCCGCCGUUUUAUUAUGCUUAUGGCGAUGGGAGUUUAAUUGGUCGGCUUUAUAGAGAUAGCCUCAGUUUGCCGGCGCCGGCACCGUCACCGGCGAUCAAUGUUCGGAAUUUUACUUUUGGGUGUGCCCACUCAGCGUUAGGUGAGCCAAUCGGUGUCGCCGGAUUCGGCCGAGGGUUGUUGUCGAUGCCGAUUCAACUCGCCACUUUCUCUCCCCAACUCGGGAACCGGUUUUCUUAUUGUUUGGUUUCUCACUCGUUUGCGGCGGACCGAGUUCGCCGCCCGAGUCCGCUGAUUCUCGGCCGGUACUACGGCAGCGAGACGGAGUUUAUUUACACUUCCAUGCUUGAGAAUCCAAAGCAUCCUUAUUUUUACUCGGUUGGGUUGGCCGGAAUUUCAGUUGGGUCGGUGAUGAUUCCGGCGCCGGAGUUUUUGAAAAAGGUGGAUGAGGGUGGCAGCGGCGGCGUUGUGGUGGAUUCCGGUACUACUUUUACUAUGUUGCCAGCAGGUUUGUAUAACUCGGUGGUGGCCCAGUUUGAGAACCGGACCGGGCGAGUUGCGAGCCGGGCGAGUCAGAUUGAAGAAAACACCGGAUUGAGCCCUUGCUAUUACUACGAGAAAUCAGUGGAAGUGCCACGUGUCGUGUUACACUUCGUUGGGGAAAAAUCCAGUGUGAUGCUUCCUAGAAAAAAUUAUUUCUAUGAGUUCUUGGACGGCGGAGAUGGGGUGGGGAGAAAGAUAAAAGUCGGGUGUUUAAUGCUGAUGAACGGUGGGGAUGAGGCUGAACUGGCAGGUGGGCCCGGUGCCACGCUUGGGAACUACCAACAACAGGGUUUUGAGGUGGCAUAUGAUUUGGAAAACAAUCGGGUCGGGUUCGCCCGGCGGCAGUGUUCAACCCUUUGGGACAGCUUGAACCGCAGUUAAAUUGAAUUGUGGGCCCGGCCGAGGACUGGAGGUUGACUAUUAAUGCUUUGACUUUGGAUUUCCAUUAACAGUCAACUCUUUGGGGGAAGGGUAAAUAAGGUAUUUUCAGGCUUGAUGGGGGCCUUUUUGUAAAAUCCUACUUGCUUCACUAUUAUUUC